GUUCGAGUUCGCGUCUUGACUGGCUCUUUCGUUCCCUCCUCUACGCUGUUCCCUCUGGUUUUUUUUUUUUACUCCAUGCCUGCCUGUGCUCUUCUGACCAUUAAAAGUGACGCUCUCCGCGCCCCGUAAUGGACCUUUGAAGCAGACACACACACACAGACGCACUGCCUCCUCAUCCCCCCCCCAGAGGCCGACGCGUCUUCGACGUUGCGUUUCGCGUUAUUUUUAGACGAUAAAAAAGAUUGGAAAAAGCAAAGCACAAAGCACCUCCCCGUAUCGCCGCAGGAGGAGAAGAACAGCCACAGACACAGCCACGAAAUGGGCACCAAAUCACCCGGUGGUCCGCAGCGUUGUCGUCUGAUCUUGCAACGCUGUUUGGCCAUACAGCUGACCAAGCCGGGGCACACGGCCCCCGAGGACUUUUGGAUGUACGACUCGGGAUAUAUGAUAUUUCAGAACUUCCUGGCGGCCAAUGCCCAGUGCUGGUGGAACGGACCACUGACGGCGGCGACGCGUGCCCUCAAAUACGCCGGACAUGUGGCACCCGGAAUGCUGCUGGUCACCGCCGAGCCCUGCGCCCUGGAGGUGCUGCGCGGAGCCUUUGCGCGGAGCGUCCUCAAGCCACCGGCCACUUAUGUGAUCAGCUCUGUGGGUGACAUUGACGAUUGCAUUGUGACGCCAACGGUUCAGGGACAGUUCACGCCGCUGCCGGAGGCACUAUGCGAUGUGAUCAUGGACCUCACCGCCGAGGGACAAUCGGCCACCGUGGAGCAUGUGCGCGGCAAGUUGGGCGCCCGUUUCCCGCACAUGACGACACCAGCGACGGAGGUCAUCUACGAUACGCUGGCACAACUGAUGCAGGAGCAAAAGAUCUACCAGACAUCCAAGGGAUACUUUAUCUUUACGCCCGAACGUCGUCGUAGUCGUUCCCGUCCGCGCAGCAAUCACCAUCAGAUGAAUGGCAGCCUGGCCUACGCCCAGCUGGAGGAGGAGGAGCAGCAGCACAGCGACAGUGUGGUGCCCCAAGAGGCACGCACCAUGCUCAUGUCCAACUCGGAGGCACUGCACUCGCUCUACGGUGAGAUAUCGACGGAGCGGGACGGCGACCUAACACACCAGUGCAUCCAAACGAAUCUGGCGGAUGUGAUCUGCGGAGGCAAUCCCAACGACAAGAUCAUCUAUCCAAGGGCGGCCAAGCGACGCAGUGCGUCAUUUCCGACGCCGCGCAGCUUGGAACGGCGGCACAGUUUGCGGCUCUUUGGUUCAUCGAAGCGCCUGCAACGCUGCGCCUCCACACGCAGUCUGUCCAAGACGUACGCCCAAACGCUGAAUACCACGGACAGCAGCAGCUCGGAAUACCAAAGCACAGAUUCGUCAUCACCCAAAAAAGGAUCUUUGCUCUCCCGGCUGUUCCGACGCAGUGGCAGGGCAAAGCAGCGUCAGAUUGAGACAUAUUCCGCACAGUUCCCGCCCGCAGAGUGGUUCAAUACGCGAGCCGUGCAUCUGCAUAGCGUGGGCACCCAAACGGCCGAGCAUGACAUGCCUGUGGCCCAUACGCUGUCCAAUUCGACCUUCUACGAUGGCUCGGAGCUGAGCCAACGUUCAUCGACGCUGCCCCGUCGCCAUCGCCGUCACAUGUCCAGCGAAUCGACCUUCCUGAUAUCGUCGCGGGACUGCUCGCCCAUCCGCCGCCGCUCGCCGGUGUAUUGCAGCGGCUCGCUACCUCGCUCCACGCAGUCCAUACCAGCCACCACAGUCACGACGACAGCCUCCAAGAUGAAUCACUCCUCGGCCACGCUCUCGCGCCUUGGCCACACAAUGGGGCACACGCACACGCCCACGCCCACGCACACAGCACCCAAGACAGCACAAAAGUCGGUGAUUGGGAAGCACAUCUUCGAGAGUUCGCCCUCGCGCUCUGCCACACUGAAGGCGGCGGCGGCCAAGCGCCAGACGGACGGACUGAUCAUCAAUAGCUGCACGGACAACAAGGCGACGUACCGGAGUCUGCAGAGCAGCGGACCAUCCAGCCUGGAGUCGUGCAAGACGUCCUCGAUGUUUGCGAGUGGCCCCUCGAGCAUCGACAGCAUCGGCAAGGUCUCGUUCAGCCAGAAGACCAGCGGCCACUCUAGUCUCGAUUCGCAGUGUUCCACCAACACCGCUGUGGUGGCACCAUCAACGGGCAGCAGUGGCAUCGGCGGCGGCGGCAGUGUCGGCAGCACCCGUUCCAUUCUGCUGCUGAAUGGCUCGCCCAGGGGCACGCCGCGUCACCAGGCGAUGCGUGCCCGGGUGGCCGAGGCCCAGGCCCAGCGGCAGAGGGCCAGCACACCCAAUCGCAUACUGGAGGAGCUGAGCUACCCCCACAUCCAAGCGCACACCCACAACGGAGGAGGAGGAGGAGGAGGCGUGGGUGUGGGUGUGCCCAACUCGAGUAGCAACAACUCGAUAACGCUGCAGGUGACCACCACAUCGAGCGGCGGAGGCCAGAGCAUACCCAGCACCAAGAUCUUUGUGCAGAACUCGCCAGUGAGGAGUGUGAUCACCCUGGAGAACGGCAAGAUGCUGGAGAACUCGAACGUGUUCAUUAUCAACAACGAAACGAUGACGAACGAGAGAGGGGAGAUCAUCAAGAAGACGCUGUCCAAGCAGACCUCGUCCCCGGCUGCAGCUGCUCCGACAACAACUGCACCGGCGGCCACCUCCACGCCAGUCCGGAUAACGCAACAGCAUCAGCAGCAACAGCAGCAGCAGCAGGAGUCGGUGUCCAAUGAUCAGCCCCUCAGCGAGACGGAGGCCAACUCGGAGACGUGUGACUCCAUUUCCUUCAUCAGCGAGAGCUCGCCGGACAACACGUGCCCCGUCGAUAUGCCAGAGAUCCCGGAGAUACCGAUCUACGAUGGUGGCAAGUACGCCAAGAACACCAACAAUGAUGCCACAAUGAACAACAGCCGCAAGCUCUGCCUGCAGCUGGCGAACGGGAUUGCCUACAAGAACAAUGUCCUGAAGAACGAGUCGCAGCCGAACUCGCCCAGCGCCGAGCAGCAGCAGCAGCAGCCCCUGAAGCUGGCGGCCCUGGCAAAACAGGACUUUGAGAUUGCCGGAUCCGUGGGUAAUUUGCACUUUUACGAGAAGAGCUCCAAGGAUCUGGCACCGGCGCAGAGCAACCACAAUCUGAUGAUGAACAGCAGCACCGAUCUGAAGCAUCUGUGCUACGAGUCCGUGUGCCAGCUGCAGAAGUGCUCAAUGAACGGCGAUGAGCUGGCGCUGGCCCACUUGCUGCGCAAGUCGAACAAUCCGAAUCCGCUGGGCAGCGAGCCCAAUCUGACGCUGAAGGAUCUGACCAAUGACAAGGCCAUGGACAAGGAGGGCAUUGACCGUCGUCUGAGUCUGACCAAAGAGUCCCUGGAGCAGGGCAUGGGCAGUGUCUUGGCUGGCGGCAACGAGGAGCUCUACAACUUUCCCAGCCUCACCGACUUGUCCUUCAACUUUACCUCGCUGGCGGCACGAAAGAUUCUGCAAGGCGUCAGCCUCAACAGCAUCGACACGCUGGUGGAGCUGAAUAUGGCAGCGGCGGCGGCUGCGGCAGCCGCAAACAAUGCCAAGGAGAAGCAGCAAAACAACCAAACAGCGGCGGCCGCAACGGCAGUCUCGGUCUGCACCGACUUUGGGAUGGUCUAGACUCUAAACUCUAGACUCUAGAGGGAGCAUCCAUCCCCCUCUUAGUAUAAUCAAACGAAAAAUCAUAGCAUCUACGAGAUAGAAGGAGAGAAGCAGAUAGCAACAAAAGAACUUUGUGUAAUUUAUUACGAUUGAUUUCCACCCCCCCCUUUGGCGAUGAAUUUGAUAGCUGCAAUUUGUAAGUAUGUUUUUUUCUGUUUUAGGGUUUAAUCGGAUGCAACUUUUAUUUACAGUGCCAAAAUAAGUUUAGUUUAAUUUUAAUUCGUAUUAUUUCAUGCCAGUUCGUACGUUGCCCUUCGAUGAAGAAGAACCGCCAAGCGGCUUCAGGGGCGUGGGGCAACGGGCAAAUCCCAAUACCAAUCCCAUGCGUUAUGCUAAGAUAUAUAAGUACAACGUACACGCAGAAUAUUACGUUCGAUGCUUUAAUCUGUUUUGUACAUUUAUCCAACGCAAUGCAAUACAUAUACUAACGACAACAGCCCCCAAAUGCAAUCCUCUUACCUAUACAUAUUACGAUAUAUACCAUACACACAAAACAAAACGAGAAAUACAGAAAUGUUAUACUACGACCAUAGAAUUUAGCACCUUAACGGAGAGAUACAAUAAUUUUGUACAAGGCCUUAACUAGUAAAGUCAGCAAUAAUACAACAUAAGUUGAAAUCACUAAUAAAAUAAACAUAUG